AUGGCUUUUCCACCAGUUUUUCUCAUACUAUCCAUUGCUCUGUUUUCCAUCAACACAAAAGCUCAAACAAACCAACCAAACGCCAUCGCUUUGGGCUCCUCUUUGUCCCCAAACGACAACACCACUUCAUGGCUCUCACCUUCCGGCCUCUUCGCCUUCGGUUUCUACAGCCAAGACGACGGCUUUGCGGUCGGAAUUUUUAUGCUCAGCCAACCAGAAACAACAGUUGUUUGGACUGCAAACCGAGACGACCCGCCACUCUCUUCAAAAGCCACUUUGGAACUAACUCUCAACGGCGUGCUAGUUCGUCUCCGGACUGAUGAAAAAAACCAACGCAGAGAGCAAGUAAUCAUUGCUACGACGUCAGGCCCAGCAAGCUCAGCUUCCAUGCUUAAUUCCGGUAACUUUGUGUUAUACGACAAUAAUUCUCGUGUUAUCUGGGAAAGCUUUCAUUUUCCGACCGACACCAUUUUGGGGGGCCAAAAUCUCACUUCUGGGAAAAAUUUGGUGUCCAGUAAGUCCGUUUCAGACCAUUCAAGUGGGAGAUUUUUGCUCGGUAUGCAAGAAGAUGGAAACCUUGUUGCGUACCCUUUAAACAGUUCAUAUGCUUCAGAAGAGAGUUAUUGGGCUUCUGGGUUUUAUGGUUAUAAAUCAGAUCUCUAUCUUAACCGCACGGGCUUCUUAUAUCUGCAAGUUAGAGGUACAGAUUUCGGACGUUUGUCUCAACAACGCAUUUUGGCUGAUGGAAGCUCUGCAGAACAGAAAAAUGAGAGUCAUGCGAUUAUCCACCGGGCAACGCUUGGUGAUGACGGGAUUUUCAGAUUGUACUCGCAUUAUUUUUGGAGCAACAAAAGCUCAAGAGUUGUGGUCAAGUGGUUGGCUUUGGAGAACAAAUGCGAUGUCAAAGGUUUCUGUGGCUUCAACAGUUUCUGUGCUUUGGAGGGAAAGGAAGCAAGCUGUCGUUGUUUUCCCGGGUUUGAUUUCGUUGACCCCAAUUCGAAAUCUCUCGGGUGUUAUCAGAAUUUCGAUGAAGGUCAUAAUUGUAGAGAAAAUGAAGCCUCAGAAUCGAUCACGAGGUAUAAUAUUACUGGUCCUUUAGAGAAUGUGUCGUGGAUUAACUAUCCUUAUUCAGUUCUUCCAUUGAAGGAAGAACUUUGUUGCAAGUCCUGUCUUGAUGACUGUAAUUGUUGGGCAGUGUACACAAGUGCUAAUGAGUGUAGGAAAUAUAAACUUCCACUUAAGUAUGGCAAGAGAAUCGAAGACAUCACGCCUAUGGCUUUCUUCAAAGUGGUCUUGGAAAACUCUAAUACUCCAACUCAUGUCUCUCCUCCAGAUCGAGUAAAUCCGGAGAUCUCGGUUAGAAGUAAGAAUGCUCCAAUAUUGGUUCUGGCAUCAAGUUUAGGCUCUGUUGCAUUCUUGUGUUUUGUCUUCGCUUUAUCGAGUUUCGUUGUUUAUAAGCACCGAGCUCAUAGGUAUAAGAAACUGUUGGAUUCCAAUGUGGGACUGGCCGAAGAUUUCACUCUGCAAUCGUUUUCUUACGACGAGCUUGAGAGAGCGACUGAUGGGUUCAAGGAAGAGCUGGGAAGAGGAAGUUUUGGAGCAGUUUAUAAAGGGACUUUAGUAUUAUCUGCAGGGAGCAACAAAGCCGUCGCAGUGAAAAGACUAGAGAAAGUUGUGGAAGAAGGAAUAAGAGAGUUUCGAGCUGAAAUGGCCACCAUUGGAAGAACUCAUCACAGAAACUUAGUUCAGUUGAUUGGUUUCUGCAUUCAAGGCUCCAGAAAGCUUCUUGUUUAUGAAUUGAUGAGCAAUGGCUCACUUGCGGAUCUUCUCUUUAAGCGAAUUCCGCGCCCUGCUUGGAGAGAAAGAGUAAGGUUCAUACUAGAUGUUGCUAGAGGAGUCUUCUAUUUACAUGAAGAGUGUGGAGUCCAUGUGAUACACUGCAACUUGAAACCUCAAAAUAUACUACUAGAUGAUACAUGGACCGCAAAGAUCUCCGAUUUCGGUUUCGCCCGGCUAUUGAUGCCUAAUCAAGCAAAAUUGUCCACGGAAGUUGAUGGCACAUCCAUUGGGUAUUUUGCUCCUGAAUGGCAAAAGAAUGCCUUGAUUUCAGUUAAAGCUGACAUUUACAGUUUUGGUAUUGUGUUAUUGGAGACUGUGUGUUGCAGAAGAAACAUAGAACUGAAUGUUUCGACGGGGGAUGAAAUAAUUCUUUCUAGUUGGGUCUAUCACUGUUUUGUCGCUGGAGAACUUAACAAACUUGUGGAAGAUCAUGAUGAACAAGUUGACGUAACAACACUAGAAAGGAUGGUGAAAGUGGGCCUUUGGUGCGUUCAAGAUGAUCCAGCUUUGCGUCCUUUGAUGAAAAAUGUUAUCUUGAUGUUGGAAGGUGCAAUGGACAUUCCAAUACCUCCAUCCCCGGAGCUUCCCCAUUUAGCUUCAUGAUGUGUGUGUUUAAGCUAUUUCAUGUAUUGAAAAUAUGGAUCUUUUUUACAUACUCUACCAUUUUACAUGUUUCUCAAUAGCUCUGAUCACAAUGAAAAAGUAUGUAAAUUUAAUAGAAUCUUAUGCAGAUUUUAUGGUUUAAACUUUAAAA